GGGGUAGUCGCGAUAUUUUGGCACUUUCGCUUGUUUGGCACUUUCGUUAUACAUGCACGUUAUCGGAAAAGCAAACAAAUAAAAAACAAGGCCUUUGUUUCAGGCACGACAGAAUUAUAACCCCUGGGCCUAGGCAGUGUAGCAUUCGUAACAUACAAAUCAACACAAAUAUUGUGACACCGAACUCUCCAGACGAAGAGAAAUGGAGAGGAGAGAUAGGAGACCGCCAAAUCACGUGUCAGUAGAUGUGACAGAAGAAACAGGCCGAUCUGUGAUUUGUCUGUUAGACGAGGGUUUACGCCAAACGCGGCCGGCAACCAAACAAUCUUUGCCUGUGAAGCUGGUCAUCGAAGCACUUCUUUGUCCAAGUGCUACAGAUCAGAAAAUCUGCCCACCUAAACCUACAAAUUGUUUCUUUUACGUAUUUUACAGCAGCAAGAAUACGCAGGUAUCCACCAAUAAAGUCUCGCUUCAAGAAAGCCCCAUCAACAUCAUCUCGUAG